AUUUCAUGUAGGCCUAUAAUGCGCUAUAACAGCACGGAUAAUAUCCAUGUCUAAUUAAUAUUGUUUAAAGAGUUCGGAUAAACUCGCGCGUAAUAGUGAGUGACAGCAAACAGAUGCGCGUGACUGUGAGCAGCAGGUUUCCGUCGAGUCAUAUCUGAUGAAAACAGAUCGAAUAAACGCGUGCAAUUAACGACUUCAAGUCAUCAGUAAUUAGCAUUUCAUCGUUUAUUUUAAUUUUACGAUCAUUUUAUUUCAUUCGGCCUCUAAAUGCAGCGUUGGGGGGAGGGGGUUAAAUAAAGGCCAUUAUUUCCGAAAUCUAAUUAAACUUCAUCUCACACUACCAACCAGAGCCGCAUUAAAGCUAAAACAAUCCCACAAUUCAUUUAGCAUGAGGAAAACGGACCCAUUUGCCCGCUCUUGAAAAGUUGCCCAUCCUCGCCUUAAUGCCAUUAGUCUUAAUAGCCAUUAAUAGUCAUUUAUUUAGAGUUAUAUUUGCGCGCGCGCGCGGGUGAUGCGCGCUUCAGGUCUCGUUUAAACCAGAAAUAAAAUGCAACAAAGGAGCAUUAGAUGAAAUAGUGAAGCACAAGUGUAGCAGAUGAUGCUGGAAAGGGUUAAGGCGGAGGUGCAUUAGAGAUGCACGGAGAGUGUGUGUGUGUGUGUGUGUGUGUGUGUGUGUGUGUGUGUGUUGAGGGAGGAGGAUCUCAGAACUGAGACAUUGUCAUGCAAACACAGACCACCGCCUCGCCAUUGUCUCCCGGACUCCAACUUUAUUAUAAACACACCGAGCAGCAGAGCCGCGGAACACACCGAGACACACACACACUCCUCGAGCGGACCUUCACACACACCUGCGUCUCCAUCAUUCCGCCCUCCACAUGUACAAAAUGGAUUACUCGUAUCUGAACACGUACGACUCGUGCAUGGCGGCGAUGGAGGCGUCGGCGUACGCGGACUUUAACUCGUGCAGUCAGAGCAACGCGUUCCAGUACAACCCGAUCCGGAACGGGUUCAGUUCCAGCCCGGGCUGCGGAACGCUCGGGUCCGCCAGCUGUGCACUGGGUGCGCUGAGAGAACACCAGCCCGCGCCCUACUCCACAGUCCCGUACAAGUUCUUCUCGGACCCGUCCGGUCUGAACGAGAAGCGCAAGCAGCGGCGGAUCCGCACGACCUUCACGAGCUCGCAGCUGAAGGAGCUCGAGCGCGUGUUCGCGGAGACGCACUACCCGGACAUUUACACGCGCGAGGAGCUCGCGCUGAAGAUCGACCUGACCGAGGCGCGCGUGCAGGUUUGGUUCCAGAACCGGCGGGCCAAGUUUCGUAAACAGGAACGCGCCGCCAACUCUAAAGGAGCGAGCGGCACCAAGAAGCCCGGAGAGACUCGCUCUUCGUCUGAGGAUGACGAGUCCAAAGAGUCGACGUGCAGCCCGACCCCCGACAGCACCGCGUCUCUCCCCGGGUCCGGGAACAUGGGGAGUCCCGGCACCGGCAGCCUCAGUCCGAGCCCCGUCUCCGGCUCCGUCUCCGGCUCCGGCUUCACCAGCGCCUCCAUCUCGCCCUCGCUCCACCAGGGCCUGAAGAGCUCGCCGUGGCCCAGCCUCGGCUCAGCCGGACCCACGCCGGACCUGCUGAAGGCCUGGCAGCCCGCGGACAGUGUGGCGUCCGGGCCGUUCGCCGGCGUCCUGUCCACCUUCCACCGGAAACCCAACACAAUCAAGACCAACCUCUUCUAGAGAU